GCAAGGAUCAAGUCAGGCACAAGCUGGUAUUUCAGCAAAGGCAAUGCUGGGGGUUACUUCCUCACACUCAGCGCAACUCCUUGCUAAAGUCCUGGACCAGGGAGAAGCAGACAGCAGACAAGUGGGGCCUCCUCAGGAGGACUUCGUGAGGCAGAGCUGAGGAGAGGGAUAUGCAACAGCCAGCUGUCACAAGUUGCUUCUGUCCACCACAUCGAAGAGCACUGAUGCUUGUGUCUUACAGGAUUUUGCAGACUCUGUGUCCCAGCUGGUCACACAGAAGUUCCGUGAACUGACAGUCGGCCUGACAUCUGUAUAUGCCCGCCACAAAACACUGGCAGGAAUCGUCAUGACAAAAGGCUUGGACACCAAACAAGCGCAGGUCAUCGUCCUCUCCUCUGGGACCAAGUGUAUCAGCGGCGAGCACAUCAGUGACCAGGGGCUCGUUGUCAACGACUGCCAUGCUGAAAUUGUGGCCAGGCGGGCAUUUCUUCACUUCCUCUACACUCAGCUGGAGCUGCACUUGAGCAAACACCGAGAGGACUCCGAGAGAUCAAUAUUCAUUCGUUUAAAGGAAGGAGGCUACAGGCUUCGAGAAAACAUCCUCUUCCAUCUCUAUGUGAGCACGUCCCCCUGCGGAGAUGCCAGACUCAACUCUCCCUACGAAAUCACAACAGAUUUGAACAGCAGCAAACACAUCGUCAGGAAGUUCCGAGGCCACCUGCGCACCAAGAUUGAGUCUGGGGAAGGGACAGUCCCUGUCCGGGGCCCCAGUGCAGUCCAGACAUGGGAUGGCAUCCUGCUGGGGGAGCAGCUAGUCACCAUGUCCUGCACAGACAAGAUUGCCAGGUAAGAGCCAACUUGGCUGUUCUGUUUCCAAAAUCGGCUCUAGAGCUUAGUGAGGACAGCAAAACAGCAGAUCCAUACUAGGUCUUAGCAUUGAACCCACUCCAAGAAACACAGUGUUCGUCAUCAAGGACUCAGGUGCCUGACAUUUGGACAUACAUGUUCACAUGUGCAUACAUGUGGUGUAAGACCAGAAGUCAAUGCGCAGUGCCUUCCUUAGUCAGUCUCCACCAUAUCUUCUGAGAUGGAGUCUGUCCAUAAGCCUGGAGUUCACCAAUUAGGCUAGACUGGCUGACCAGUGAGCCCCAGGAAUUUGCCUAUCCCUGACGCCGCAGCACUGGGAUUACAAGCACACACCACCACACAGAGCCUUUUAUGUGAUUUCUGGGGGGUCAAACUCAGAUCCUUAUGUUUGAAGAGCAAGAAUUUUACCAAUUAAGACAUCGCCCCAAUCCCUGCCCAUCCACAUUUUUCAUUUCAUAUGCUUGAGGAAAAAGCACCUUUCAAAUGCACAUACCCAGCAAUUUCGAGUUGCCACAGCAAAUAUUCCAAACCUCUGACCUAGAGGUUAAUUUUUCUCCUGUUGCAAUGUAAAUUGAAAUAAUUAUUUUUAUGAGGGAAAAAAAAAAGACUUAGAUCUGCCAUCUGUGGAUGCUGUGACCACUAUCACAGAAUGGGACUGAGUAUGGAGUAAAGGGGUUUUCUCUGCCACAUCUUUUACUUUGCACUAAAGGUGUUUCAAAAGCCUCCACAGGCUGUUCUCAGGGAGGAGUAGCCCCAGCAUCAAGGUGAACAGAAGGAGAAGGAAUUUACAGAAAGGGCAUCUCAGCGUCCUUCACAGACUCCUGCUAACUGAGAAAGGCCUGAGUUGGGUGGGAGUCGCCCCACUCCCCUU